UCAGACAUGAACUGGGACAACCAGCUGAGCUCUAUCCUCUCAGUAGCAGAUGGCAGCGUGGCUAAAAUGAGGGAGAGACUGACCUCACCAGGGAAAUUCUCCAAAGGAGGAGAAGAUUUGUUUGCAAUUCGGGAGAGGGUUCAUGAUUCAGAUUUAGACCCUCCUGCUCUGCCUCCUCGAGCUCCCCUUCACCGGCAGCUUUCCCCAUCUCUCAGUCCUGGUGUGCAGUGGACAGACCUUGCUACUAUCCAGUCGCAACUCCAGAUACAGAGCCAGGCGAUUGAGUCUCUCACCCGGAAACUCCAUGACACAGAAAGGGAGAAACAGUCUCAACAGUGUCACAUCCAGACGCUGCAAGAGGAGGUUCACAGGUUGCGUGAAGAGAUGAGGGAAAGGGAAAGAGAGCGGGAUGAAUCUACGAGGGGACAAAGUCCAGGAGCAGAGAGAAGGAUGGAGCAGUGGAGGAGAGAGGUUGGGCGUGAGCUGAGCAGUCUGCGGGGACACAUUACCAGAGCCACGUCGCUAGGCAACCUGGAGGAGAGUUUCAGCUCAAAGCUGCGGCGAGAGGAGCUGGAGCACCUGCGGAGAGAGUUGGACCAGCUGAAAGCACAGCUAAGGAGACAGGAGGAGGACGUGUUCCUCCAGCAGGCAGAGGCCAGAGAGACAAGGAGACAGUACGAACGCAGCUGCAAGACGUUGGAGGAGCUGACAGACAGUUACAGAGCACACAGUACUGAUCUGGCAAGGACCGUCUCUCAAUAUUCACAAACACAGCAAGAGGUUCGCCAGAUCAGAGCAACUGUGUCAGAACUGAAGGAGGAGGUCAGGACUCUGAUUCUACGAGGUGAACCAACAUCUUUACCUUUACUGUCGGCACAUACAUCAGGUGCAUCACCUCUCCCACUCCCUCGCAGCCAUAGAAGAGGGGUCAAAGCAGAAGAGGCAGAGCAGGACUCUGACUCUGAAGACUUUAGCCCAACACCAAGUCUGGCAGAUGUCAGCUCAGAUGAUCUGUCAUGGCUGGAGGACAAAGAGUCAACUCUUCAUCAGAAGCCUCGAGUACGUCUGAGUGUUCAGUCCAGACGGAGCGACUUUGCUGGUCCGGGAACUGAUCCAGAGGAGGAGGAGGAGGAGGAUGAUGAUCUCCUAGAUGAGGAUUUGAACCCAGAUUUAGGAUCUGACCUGAGUCUUAAUGACCUCUGAUCUUUUUAUAAGGUGAAGUUUUGUCAUUUGAAUUUGGAAGGAGUAACUAACAUUUCUUUCUCCUUCUACAAUACACUACCUGAGAUGUAUUAAUUACAGUAUAAUAAUUAUUAAUACUGGAAUGUAUUAUUUUAGUUUGAUUUGAUCAGUGCAGUUUAGAGUUACAGUCCUGCUGUUAAAACUAAAAGAAAUAUUCUGGGGAACACAAGCAGCCACAUGACUUAUUUCCUACGUGGUCCCAAGAGAAGGGGAAAGGAAACAAAGAAUGACAUUAGUAGCAGGCUUUGGCUCAUAAAAUAACAAGUAAUUAAGUCUUCCUGGUUGAUAUCAUUACUGUUGCUUGCAAGAUCUGCAGAUAUAAUGUGUGAUACUGUAUAUGAUUGAAAGCAGCAGGGAAAUUCUCCCAGCGUGGGAAAGUCUCAAAUGUUAUUUGGGAGAAUACCAGAAGUGUUAGAGACAGACUGCACAGUGUUGGACUAUCAGGUUAAUAACUUUUUAAUUGACUUUUAAUCACUUGUCUAUUCAUUGUUUAAACUCCCUGGACCUGUGUAAAGCACCCAACCUUCUCCUACCACACUGCGGGAAAAAAAAAAAAAACACUAAAAUAUUCAGCAAAUAAAACUGGUCUCUUAGUUAGAGACACCAUUCAUCAAAGCAUUGUUUUCCCCCUCAGUCACAUUAGUGUUAUCUACUAGAGGUCGAGAUCUCUUAGGACGAUUCAAACUGUUGAAAACUGUGAUAGCGGCAAAUUUCCUUUAAAUAAUCAGCCGUAACUGUCUCCACAUGUACAGCACGAUAGGAUCCUGGGAACAAACUGAGGAGACAGGCAGCUGUUUAAAGAACUCUUAUGCUUAUUAAGAGUACAACUCUUUUUUAUGAUGGCAGGGCUUUGUACCAGCAAAGUAGCAUUUCUGCAAACCACUCACAGGUUCUCACUGAAAGCUUGACUUGGCCUGAAGCUUUAACCACUAAAUUCUGAAAGUCCAUCCCGCCAGGGUAUAAUGCUUUAAUUGUUGCCACACCCUUCUGCGUUGCGCACCACUGACAAUAAAUUAUGGGUCCAACCAGAGUUAAAGGCAAAAGCACUGUGAUUGGCCAACUAUACCACAAGCUUUAGUUUUAGGCACAAGAUUAAAGUAGUUAUGUUUAACUUUGUUAUGAUUAGAAAUUGUUGCAGUUAGGUAAAGGUUUGCUGUAGUUAAGGGUUGGAAAAGGAUCUGGCAGGAUUUCAGCUGUGCUCAUAACUACAGUGGGACCUGUAAGAAGACACCACUGAUCAUGAUGCUCUGCAGAGUGCAACACUGAUUUAAAAAAAAACAACUAAAAAGUCAUACCCACAGUAUGAUUAUAUAGCUUUAAGUUGGUGAAAUUAUUAGUUAUAUAACAAACAAAUUGCACUUUAAUACACUUUUAUCACUGUUGUUAAAGUUCACAGUACAUAGGUCAUUGUACGAUAUGAAAUGCUACACUGUUCAGUGUAGCAGAGAAAUGGAUAUUUAAUGGGGUUUUCUUCCUGAUGCACUCUUCAAUGCAUUAGGAAUCUGAUGAGGGAUGGUUCUUGUUUCCUGGCAUUGCAGUUGAAGUGAGGGUAAAGAGGAAUCAAAAAGCCAUUAACAAAGUCGAGGCACCUACACACACUCCAGCUGCUCUGAGAUCUCCAUACACACAGUGCACAACACAAGACAGUCAGUAGUCCCUUUAUGCUGUCAUGUCUGACAUGAGUCACUCUGUGCCAGGCUUGGUGUCAAGCUGUUAAAUAUUUCAGCAUCCAGACACCCCCGCCCCACCCUCCCACUCCCCAUCGAGGAUCCCAGACCGCAGUGCAGAGCCACGGGGGAGCUAAUGGGUAGGUUAGGUGUGCAGUAGGGUGUAAAUGUUGAGGUGACUACAGAGAACUGGCAAAAGUCAGAAAGAAAAGACCCUCUAGAAAGUAUUAAAUGGCACAUUAGUACACUACAGUACCUCUUCUAACAUGCGUUCUUUGUGUUAAUAUUGUGCUUGAAGAGACCGAGAGAAAGAAGGCUCAUCUGUUUGUUAUUGUAGCCAGAUAACGGCGGAUGAAUCAGACCUUUCUACUGCAGUUUUAAUGCAUUUGCCAAGAAUUGUACAGUGGUGCUGCAGUAAAGCAGCACACUGAUUCAUUUGGAUGUCUGUAAAUUAAAUGUUUAGUGUUUUGUCUCAACAAUAAAAGUUUGUGUUAAAGUUGCAAGAGGA